CUUGAAUGUAAUGUCAGAUGCGCGUUUCGGAUGGCGCAAGUUCGGUUUAUUGAUCCUGCGUACACUAUGCGAUGAUGCUGCAACCUUACCACGGUGGAAAGUGUUUUUCGCCUUAUCAUACGCACGACUACCGCAUCCGAGUGCAGUGGUUAAGUAUCGCACACCAUACCGACGUGGAAUUAUUAUUAUUUAACAUCGAACAAAAACGCGUGAAUUCUAUAAUAUUAGUAUGUCAUCAUAAUAUAUUAUUAUACAGUCACGUCGUCCGUUAUACAUUAGCGAUUAAUUGCCAAUUAAUUCGCGUGCGAUUUAUAUGCACAUUGAUGUGCAUGGUAAAGGAGAAAAACGCUCCACUAAUAUUUGAUAAAAAUGCGUUCGGUUGCACUGACAGUAUGGUUUUUUUUAAACGUCGUACUAUUGGGCAUGUGCGGAUAUAUUUAUCUACUUUGGCUACAAUAUUGGCGUCACAUAAGCGUCAAAAACCAACAAACUCAAGAAUUGACUUACACACAACAGCAGCCCUACGUCGAGUAUUAUGACGAAGGCGAUUUCACAACUGCUCAUCAGAAAAACGGAAAUCCAUUAAUGCGGAUUAGUGAAGCGCUUCUAGACAAGUCGGAAAGAAUCAGGUUAUUUAAUUUCAAAAAUAAAAUCAUUGCCCGUCUAAGGCAGGUAAUAAUGAAGGAGAGUAGCAAUUAUGGGUCCGUUAAAAACGAGAACCCUUACAAUGUUCCGUAUAGACCGCAAGCACCGAAUAACGUGAAAAGCGACUGGACGUGUGAUAUGGCUUCCAGCGUGGAGAAAUUUAGAACAUUAGAAAAAAAUGAUAUUGAUCAUAUGUUGACCAAAAAUAUUCCGGAUGUGCCACUGUUUGACGAUAAUGAAGUAUUCGGCACUUGUGCAAUUAUAUCCAAUGCGGCUACUCUUCGCAAUUCAAAUCUCGGAUACUUUAUAGACCAACAUGACUUGGUGUUACGGUUCAAUAAUGCUCCAACAAAAGGAUAUGAAAAAGAUGUGGGCUCAAAGACAACAAUACGUAUUUUAAACUCACAAGUUGUCACUAAACCACAAUUCCAAUUUGUAUCAUCACCAUUAUACAAGCGGCUCAAACUUUUGAUGUGGGAUCCAUCAAAUUACACAUCGUCAAUUAACGAAUGGAUUACGAACCCAGAACAUAACUUUAUUGACAACUACAUAUCAUUUAGAAAAUCUAAUCCUAGGUCAAACUUUCAUAUUGUUCAUCCACAAUAUCUAUGGCGUCUAUGGGAUUACAUACAAGAUCAUACUACAGCUCAUAUAAGACGCAAUCCUCCAUCUUCGGGAUUUUUAGGAUUAGCAAUGCUGUUGCCGCGAUGCACGGUCGUUAACAUGUUCGAGUUCAUACCGUCUGAAAGAAUGACACACCGGUGUCAUUACUAUCACGAGAAAGUCGACGUGACGUGUACAUUUGGGAUUUGGCAUCCACUGGCGGCGGAAAAACUCCUGAUGCUAACGGCGAACACCAUGCCCGAUCAGACAGUUUUCCACACAGGGUUCCUCUCGAUCCCCGGCUAUAAGUCUCCGAUAUGUACUUCGUUAUAGUGACUGCUACCUGCGAUAAAUAUGACGUAUUAUUUAUUAUUAUGUUCAUAUUUUUUUUUUUAUAUUUAUACAUAAUGAGCCUUGUAUUAUAAUGCCCACAACGCGAAUAAUAAUUAUUAUGUAUGAGGUCAUCAGGUACCUACUGUCUUGAUCUAGUGUAGCUGCAGUGUGCCUAUAUCAUUAGAGCUCAAUCAUAAUUUGUUAAUAUGAUAGGUAUAUUAUGAUUUAUGACGUAUCAAGUACUUAAUAUUAUUAACUGAUCAACUUCGAACUUAUUAUCUCGGAACAAUAUUUAUUAGUAGAUUAGGUAAACAAUACGACACGAAGUCUGACGUUGUAAUUUUUUUUUUAUUAUUGUACAGAAACAAAUUAUUACUAGGAUUUAUACAUGAUAUUAUUAUACACUUAUAUAGUGAAAAU